CAUCUCAAAGUCUCCUUCAAAUGCAUCCUUCCAUUCCUGAGCAAUGAAGGAUCCAGUAGAUCUUUCUCUGGACAUCCUCCAUAGCUCCCGAAGGAGACGAUCUUUAGGAGCUAUGUAGAGUAUGUGCAGACCAUGGUCUGGACAUAACUGACAAAACUGCGAGUGAUGAAAGUUUUUCUACCCCGCAGAUGCAGUCCCUGCCCACGGAGGUGGGCAGCAGCAGCAGUUCAGCUCACAGCGACACAUCUGGCUCGAUGGUGCAGGUGUGCUUCCCCAGCGCUCAGGCCUCGGUGCUGGACAGCCUGAACCGGCAGAGAGAGGACGGCAGGCUCUGUGACCUCUCCAUCCACGUCCAGGGACAAGUGUUCAAGGCCCACCGCUGCGUCCUGGCCGCAUCCUCACCCUACUUCCAUGACCAGGUGCUACUGAAGGACAUGUCUACGGUCUCCAUCCCGGCCGUGAUGGACCCGCUGGCGUUUGAGAGCGUGCUGAGCUGUGCCUACACGGGUCAGCUCCGGAUGCUGCGCGAAGACAUCGUCAACUACCUCACAGUGGGCAGCGUCCUGCAAAUGUGGCACAUCGUGGACAAGUGCACUGAGCUGCUGAAGGAGGGCCGAGCUGCGGCCGGAGGGGGGAACAGUGGAGGAGGCGUGCAGGACAAAACCGGGGUGGAAGGAGGUGCGGGUGCAGCUAACCCCGGCUGUAGCAGCAGCAACAGUGACAGUGUUGCAGCUGGUGGUAAUGGAGCCCGUGGUGGUGAUGAUGGUAGUGGUCAAGCUCAGGUGGCGGGCUCCAACGAGCCCCAGCGUGCCUCACAACCUCCCAGCCACGCUUCCGUGAGUGAGAGCCAGUCGCCCAGCAGCACCAACUACUUCAGCCCCAGAGACGGGAGCAGUUUUGGCGGAAGCGGUGCAGCUGCAGCUGGAGCUUCAGUGGACGGAGGAGGGGCGAACAACACCCCCAGCUACUGCACCCCAUCAGGAGGGGAGGAGGCCUUUCUAAUUGAGGAAGAGGAGGAGGAUGUAGAGGAGGAAGAGGAGGAGGUGUUGUACCACCAAAGGAAGAGAGGAAGAGGAGGAGGCAGCGGGAGGAGGAAGAAAAUGAGUUCAGUGUCAGAGCAGGAAGUCGGGGUCAGCGACAGCUUCGGAGUUUCGUCCUAUCAGGAAGGUCCUGACACUGAU